GCUUACCUGCAUGCCCUUGAGAGGUCGCGCGGUGUAUUUGAUGGUGUCUUAAUAAUGCAAAGCUUGCAAAAUGCACCUCAGAUUCAUUCAACUGCCGGUGCAGUACCUAUUAAAAAUGAAAAAGGCCAAUUUUAUAUGGUAAAGGUUAAGGUCCAGCGCUAUGUUGCCGGAAAGAAACCUGAUUUUGCUUCAAGCUCUAGUUCUGAAUCAGAAGAGGAGCCAACUGUCAAUGAUACCGAAGAAAUCAAGGCUUUUUCAUCGCGGUCCGGAUUAAUCAGAGAUCGUUUCAGAGGGCAGGAGAACUCCAAGUCGACAGCAGACGGAUCUGAUCAACCAACAGCUGAAGAGUUAGCUGACCCUAGAUUCAGGAGAUUGUUAAGGGCCAAGGACCAACUGAGCCAAAGCAGCGAGGAUGAAGAAGAAACUGAUAGGGUUACUCGUCACAAAAAAUACCGAAAAUCUGGUCAUUAUAGUGAGGAAAGUCCUCAAAAUUCUAAUGGAGAGGAUGCUGACGAAGAGGACGUUGAUGAAGCAGAACUAAUGAGGAGGCGUGAACUUAUUCGUAAGAAAGCAUUGGCUGCUCAGAUCAAUGCUGAAGUAGACAAACAUUGUGGGGAUGGAUAUAACGACACUGGCCACGAAGACGUGGAAGCAGAGGAUGAAUUGGGUUAUUCGGAAGAGGAGUACACAAGUUCAGAUGAUGAAGUAGCUCCUAAAUUAAAACCAGUCUUCGUACGUGCACGUGAUCGAAUAACUUUACAAGCUAAACAUAAGGCAGACCAACUUGCUCAGGAGACCGAAGCAGAAGUAAAACGACUUGCAGAAGAACGUCGUAGAACAACACUUAAGCUACUAGAAACAGAACUACGCCGUGAAGCUGAAGAAGCUCACGCAAUUGAAGACGCUCUUGACGCAAUAGAUUCUGAUGAAGGUCAAGGCAAUCCCCAAGCAGAACAAGAAGAAUAUGAAAAAUGGAAGGUUAGGGAACUAAAACGUAUUCGACGAGAACGUGAGAUUCGGGAGGCAGCGCUACAAGAAAAGGCUGAAAUUGAGCGAAUACGUAAUAUGACUGACGAACAACGACGUGAAGAAUUCAUAAGAAAUCCAAAAGUUAUCACAAACAAAACAGCUAAAGGAAAAUACAAGUUUUUGCAGAAGUAUUUUCAUCGGGGAGCUUUCUAUGUUACUUCGUUGGAGGACAAAGUAUUUCAACAAGACUUUACACAGCCUACUCUGGAAGAUCAUUUUGACAAAACAAAGUUGCCUACUGUUAUGCAGGUUAAGAACUUUGGUCGCGCUGGUCGGACUAAGUAUACACAUUUGGUUGAUCAAGAUACAACUGUAUUCGACUCACCAUGGUCAACAACCAAUCCACAAAAUAUGAAGUUCCAGUCAACUCACGGUGGAGGAUUUAAGCAAAUAUUCUCGAAACCUGGUUUAUCUAAACAGAAGAAAAAGACAGGCUAGCACCUUAAUUAUGAUAAUGUGUAUAUAUAUUUAGCGAAACAGCAAGUCGAGUUUUCCUGUUUUCACUAAUUUUCGAUUUUUUUCUGUCCAUGAGUAUGUACACAGUUGAUGCAAAUAAAUAAUUGUUUAUUUUAGAAUUUAUGUUCGGUAAAUACGUUGCUUGAAUAAUUUUUUCUGGUUAGCGUUUUUUUAGCGAGUUAGUUUUCUACGGGAUUAUGUACAUGCUAUUCCGUUUCAACAAAGUGUUAUUACUUAAUUUAUUCACGUUAUGACUAUUCGGAUUUCUUUUUACAUGCAUUCUCAUCAACCACGUAGUAACUUAAUCAAAGUUCACAGGCUUACAUGCAUAAAACGUUUUGCACGAAAAACAGGUAUAAAAAAUAAUGAAUCAAACCUAGUUUUUUUUAAUAUUCUUGGUAGUGUACUAGGGAGAAUAACCGGAGUAUACCCGUUUUGACAUAAGCUUCAUGCGCUUACAUAUUUUGGUAGUUGUAUUUGUUUGUUAAUACUAAUCUAUAAUAAAUGAUUAACAGUCAACAAGUGAAUCUUCUGGUAGAAAACCAAUCUAUGGGAAAUCAUACAACGAAAGCGUUGUCUCUACAAGCAUGUCUAUGACAAAGUCAAAUAAAAAUGGAGAAAGCGGAAUACUCUGACAAUCACCACUUGAAGUAACCGAUUCCGAUCACAGUUCACCAUAAGCUCUGACUCGACCAGUAAUGUUCGAGUAGAGAGUUUGUACGAGGUUAAUAUACUUGUUUGGUACUCCUUCUAAUAGAACACUGCCGCAGGACCUCACGAUCAACGGAAUCGAAUGCCGUUUUGAGGUCAGGGAAUACAACUUUAGUAGGACGUCGAAAAGUAUGUCUAUGUUCCAGAAUCUCCCAAGGUACCAGUAUUCAGUCUAUACAUGCGCAUCCAGCUUUGAAAUCAGCCUGGUUUUCUCGACUUUGCUCAUCAAGAGCUCUUGCUAGACGUUAAAGUAUUAUUUAGGCUAAUAUUUUAGACAGUAUAUUAGCUAAACUGAUUCCUCUGUGAUUGUCACAAGAGAGGUUUUGUUCUUAUAAACUGGGAUGACAAGUAAUCGAGACCAAUCAGACAGAAUUACGUUCAAUCCCCAUAUUUUAGCUAAUGUAUCAGUUAAUCUAACUGCGAAAACUGAGCCACUAUCCUUAAAAAUUCCAGGGGAUAGUUCAUCAGACCCUGCUGCUCUCCCUCGCUUUAGAUUACUUAUAGCCAUUCCAACCUCACUAAGAGUUGGAGGACACGCAUUAAUUCCCUAUUUAGGUUACUAGGGGAUAGUAAGUAAGUGAAGUGUGGCUGAAGGCCUGUUGAACUGUCUCCUAGGUUGCUCUGCUCAUUGGUUCAAUUUCCUGGACUCUGAGUGAAUAAUAGUUCCAUCUUUUUCAGAGAUCUUUUAACUAACAGCCAAAUUUUUAAUGCCCGUUUCCUUGAUAGGUCUGAACAGUUGUCCAUUGUUAUCUAUCGCUGCUACUUUUCCCAUCUCUACGUAGCCUUCUAAUCAGCCUACUUUUAAACUUCUUCCGCCCCUCAUCGUGCCCGGAGCCAGACGGGAUGAGGUUCCGAGCAUCUAUCAAUGCUGUAGCCACCUCUUAAAUCCACUGAUUUUCCUGAACCUUUUGGACUAAGCUACUAAUAGAUAUCACUACCGUCCCCACAGCUUUUUAGAUAUCAUACCAAGCUACCUCAGGGUCACUAUCACUUCCAAGGUUGACUAAUUCCUUUAGUUGCCCCUGAAAUAUAUUCUUAACUUCUUCAUCAUUAGGUUGGAUUAUAAGAGGUUUUCUUGCUGUAGCUUUUCUACUUCCAAUAAGACUCAGACAAAUACGUGCUCGAACUAGAGUAUGAUCCGAGUCUAAACAUGUGGUCCAGGGUGUGUGAUAGUCUUCAAUCGAGCCCUUCCAGCGAUGGGUAAUGUGGUAAUAGCAAUGUGAUCUAUUCGAGUCGAUUUUGGGGUCACCACGUCGGACGAUGCUAUCGCCUUUUCUCGUAUAUCGUCGUCGACUUAAAUCACGUUAGUCAAUAACGGAAUUAAAUAAGUCGAAUAGCGAGAAUUGAUUUGUGAAUACAUAUAUUUUGUAUAUGAAGCGAAUGAAACAUAGCAAAGCAAAAUGACACGCAGGGAAAAUGGCUGGGAAGCCAACUCCAUUUUAGUCAAGCGUUACUCAAUAUUUAUAGUCAGACAAAAUAAAGCUACAGACAUGUGAAUAAUAGGAUAAGAAGGGCACACACAUAUACGCUCAUAUAAAAACAGUCUAGAUUGAUAAGCGAAUAAAUAACAAGGUCAAAGUAUGGCUCGAGUAGAAUGAAUAGAAUGGGAUGUCCGAAAGCUAGAAUAAGGUAUAUGGGCUUAAUAUAAUAACCGACACUACACUAUACCUAUACUAGCGAGGUCGCAGGAAGUUUUAUUGGGGUCUCUAGAUACUGGAAGGGUAAAUCGUGGUGGUUCUUCAUAUUGACAAGGUGAUGUCGUAUUACUGACUACUUAGAUCCUGUAUGCGCGUUUCGGAGACGCAGCAUACAUCGAUGGUGCGAGACUUUGGUCUGAGCGAACGAAGCCUGUUGCCCUAUCUGACACAAGAUUCGAACAUUUAAAGCUCCAACAUGGAGUUUAGAGCGUGGUUUUAGGAGACCAGGAAUGACAUUUCGUAAGCUCAAAUUAUUAGCAUUGCUGGCGUGUGGUAAUAGUUAUAUGAGGAGAGUUAGUCGAGGGGAUAGAAUUACUGAGAGGUGAUCAUCAACAAAAUGACGUGAGGGUGGACCCGACGAAGAAUCUAAAUUAGUAUUGUCAUUAACGACCUGGAAGCGCUGCCACAGAGCCUAAGGCCGUGUGAGUACGAGAUUUUUAUGCAAAGAUUUCGAUGUGUCAGUUCCGCAUUUCAAAAGGCCUUACCACCGGAGACGGAAAUUCAUGGGGUAAGGUGAGGUUUUUAGGUCCGACCUUUUCUAACCCCUUCCUUCCGUUGUGAGAAACCAGCAUCGCUGCAAAUACUGAUUGUUCGAGUAAGACACCUCACUGCUGUCACACCUCUGUACAGUCAGCAGUAUGACUUCGCCCUCGGGUCUCAAGCUGUUGCCUUUAGUCUUACUGUUCUCCAACUGACAUAGUGUGACCUAUAAGAACAUGUUUUCCAGACAAUAUAGCUCGGUUGAGUCAUCAGGAUAAGCAAGCCCGACCACCAAGUUAAGGUAGCACCUACGGUUGGGAAAUAUAUACUUAGAAUUAUUUUCUACUAUGUUUUCAAUAAUAAUAAUAAUGUUCUUUUAGGGGUGCAACGAGUAAAUGCGCUGACCAUUCAAACAUAAUGUAGACAGGCUUCAACUCCAAAACUUUCUGGCUAUAUUUGAAGCUAUGCUUAUUUAACAUACCUAUUUCUAUAAUCAAGUAGAUUUAAAGUGAUUGCAGUGAAUAGCUACGCCUAAACUUUUUUCUUUGUCUUAUAGAAAACAUAUCCAUGUAACAAAAUAGAGACAGUUCCGUCAAUCGGUCUGUUUCGCUUAUAUACUCGUCUCUCAAGAUAGCAAAUUCUCGGUUGAAAACUCGUGCUGUAUUUGGUUUAAUAAUGUUUUCGGACGUUGUAAUCUUCAAUGUAUAGUCUGAAGCGUUGCUUCAGUAGAUCGGUAUUAAUAGUCCGUAGAUCUAAUUCCUUAAUACUGUUUACGGAAGUUUUAUUAAAAAUUGUGGGUGAUAUUGUUACUAAUACGGUAUAAUGACAGAUAAAAGGAGAAAGUUCAGGAGCAAGAAGGUUUUUGUGACGUUGGCAGUGUGAGGAAAAAUUUCUUUGAAUGAUUCACCUGUUCACCAAUUUCACCUGUAAGAAAGUACAGUUCGUGUGAUUUUUCAAAGUAAUGAUAAAUGAAUAAUAUUAACCAAUUAUAUAUUGAUGUAAUGAAAAAGCCAAAGCAAUAACAAUACGGUGCAAUCAGUUUUCCUGACAAUUUGGUUAUAUGUUUAAAUUUAUUUUGAACAGUACAAUAUGAUAUCUGUCAACUCAACUUGUAGAAGCUUAAAUCCAAAGGGUUUACUAAGAAAUAAACAUUAUUUAUAACAUCGGGCGUAAUAGUAUCGCAUCGAUAUAUAUAAUGUAGAUCACAAAAAAUUAACUUUUAGAUUCAUUGGAUGAGUACUGAAGAGAUAAAGCCUUGAGGUGAAUAAGAGACUUCACCGAUGUUCUAUGGACUAUGAGUCGUGAUGAACAAUUCUAACUACCUUGCAAUUUCAUUAACAUUUAAUUUUGCCAUUUUUCUUAGGGCAAUGUUUUCAGCUUAGAUUUUAAAGAACCAAAAAUUGCGUCUCCUUGAAUAUACAUCAGUUUUCUUUGGCGUUAUUAGUACCAAAUUAAUGAGUGAUAACGAAGCAUAAAAUACGACUUGUUGUUUACACAAACAAAUAUGCCUUAAAACGAAAGGAGUAUUAUAUUUGGUGGUUUUCUUCCCAGACUGACACCUACAGGAGAAUCAUUGGAACACCGGACAUUUGUUUUGGCACACUAUGGAAAUCUUCAUUAGUAAUAACCAACAAUCUGCAGCCCUCGCAGCGAACGUGUUACCUACAGAUCAAUACAUCGGGAUUUGAGAGGAUAUAUUUUAAAUCCGGUGAUAACUUUUAUCUAAGUUCUAAAAUUAUUAUCUGUAUGUAUAUAUUAGUGCGAUAAACUACUGUAACUUAUAAUUUAUCUCAUCAAUAACUAAAUUUACUAAUUAAUCUACAUUCUAAUGACAUUCUUCAGAAGUUUAAAACCUGUUAACUUCAAUACUGAAUCUGUGGUUGCUUUUGAUAAAUAAAUGAGCUGAGUAGUCUUAUGAUCAAUUCUUAAUUAUAGCAUUAUUGAGAUUCUGCUAAAACAAAGACAAAAAGUAUCUAUAAUAAGGAGGGGAUGAACGCAAGUGAAUUCCUGAAAUAUUAUGAUUACUCUUCAAUUAUUUAUCAUUCAGUUUGAUUAUUUGACUGACGAUAUGCUGAUAUUUGUCAGUUAGAUUGUUUCGUGUCAAUCCUAGUGAUUUAUCUUGAUCAUCUAAAACUUUACAUUUUUUAUAUUAUUGUUCCUUAUACCUGUUUGUCAAUUAGGUGUUUUAAGAUACUUAGAUAUAUUCAAUUCAUGAUCAUCUGAAAACAACAAAAUAGAACUGAU